CCCCUGAUAAACUUAACAUCGUGUCUAAGUUCAUGCUUUUUCACAAUGGUUGAGAUAUUCAUUCCAUCCGCAAAUAGUUAAUACUUCUCGGUUUAUUGUUACGAUUAUGAAAUAGUGUCAGCAAGGAAAGAAGAUGCGGCGAAAACAUUGAUUGUUCAGUUACCGAUCAUCCUAUCCUAGGUACUGUUUUGUUUUCAUGGAUGUUCAGGUGCCAAGCACGUCCGCAGUGACAACGGGGGGAGCCAGUCCCCGGGCUGUUGCCUCGCCGUCGUCCCGUGUACGAUCGAAUCUGCAAGACUCGAUAUCCGCGAGCAAGCUCUAUAAGGACCUAUCGCCGACACGCGCAUACCAGAGCAGUCAUGAUGAAAGCCGUGUUGCUUUGCCUGAUCUUUUUAAACAAAAGAACAGCUUGCAAUCGUUGCGCCCCACAUACGCGAACGAACCGAUUGGAGUUGAUGAGGACGACGCUGGCCGGACGCCCAAGCUGCUGCAGAGGUUGGAAACUUUGCUAGAGGAGAAGCUCAGCCUUGUGGAGCGCCUCGGCAACGGGAACAAAGGAUUUGCAGCUGCGCAGCUUCGGACAGAUGCCUUUCGGCAGGUUUUCGAUGCGUUCUUGCACAGCUUUACGACGUACCGGUCGCUCCUUUUGCGGAUCAAGCAAGAGUACGAUGUCGCAUUGGACGAUGCGCUGGCGUCACUAUAUGACAACGUGCACAUGAAGGCGGAGCUGGCAGUGGUAGAUGAGCGGAUGGCGAGCGCCAUACAGCAAGCCCGUGCUCGUGCGCUUGAGGAUGCUAGCGCUGUCCGCAAGGAGCUGCAAGAUCAGCUAAACAUGGAGGAGAGCAAAGCGCUCCAGGCUGAGGCACGGUGCCAAGCCGCGGAGCAGGAAAUCCAAGCAUGCAAGGCGACAAUCCAGCAGCUUAAGCGGGAAGCGGCUGAACUACAGAAGGCAAACAACGACCUGAAGCUGCAGCUGCUUUUAAAGAGCAGCUGGGGCAGCGGACUGUUAAUUGGUCAGAAGUCAGAACCGCCAACAACUACACCCUGACCGUUGCAAUGUGCCACAUAUAGAGGGCAAGGCCCUUCCAUCCAAUCCGACUUCGUAUGCAUGUCACGGCUGCGAAUCCAUCCCGUGCCGUACGUAAUAAAGAGUCGAAUGCCUGGUAAAGCAGGUUUCAUUUACCCGCCACGUGCUUCGCGACGAGUUGCAUCGUGUAGUACUUCAACAUCGACGGCCCCCGGUGGCAACUGUAGACAGAAAAUCAGGUUGCAAUUGCAUAGGUGGAUUAAGUUGCUAUGCAAGAAAUGUAUUAAAUCAUUCUGCAAUCGUCUGUAACCAUACGGUGUGGGUA